UAUUUUAUAUUGUUUUCCAAGUCAGCAUCCAAGAACAUUCAUGUAUUAAAGUAAAUUAAUAAUUUACUUUAAAUAAUUUACUUUACUUAAUUUUUACUAAAGUGAAAAAUAAAUGAUUACUCCACCUUAUUUGGUAUAUUUACCACAGAUACCAUUUCAUAUACUACGUUAUUCAAUGACAUGUGAUACAGGGUUAAACCAAAGCCUCACUCUAAGUUUGCGUUAUAGAAACAGAAAAGUUACUGUCUUGAAAUUAAGGUCUGCAGUUACACCUGACCACCUCAAGGCUGUACUUGGAAACAGGUAUAGAGGUGAAGUAAAUAAAAGAGAAUCUGUUUGUAGAUCAAUGAGAAAGUCUACACUGAACUGAAGGUAGAAAUAACAUUUGAUCAUAAUAAACUGAAUUCCACUGGAAAAUUCUAGAAAAAAGUUUGUAGAGCUGCAGCUUGUCCACUGCUGCCUCCUGUGGUUUGAUUUGCCAUUGAACUGAAUGAACGGACCAAUGGAAGCAGCAGUGGAUGACGAACUGUGGACCUUCAGUCAAUAAAUCCAUUUUGUUAUUCUGGACUUUGUUCUUAUUCAUCGAUGUAUUCACGUUCUAACUCUGUUGAAAACAUUGAUUAAAAACCUGUUUAUAUGUUGAAGACUUGAUCUUCAGCCAAAAUACUUUUUCUUCUUUUCUAAACAACCUGGCAACUGUAGAAGCAGAUCUGGCGUCCAUGUGUUAUACACAUCAGCAUCAGUGUAACGUGGUGCCUUACGUGCGCUGACCUUUCACUGACCUCUUCACAGCUACACUAACAAGCUCUUCCACAGUGAUUAAAGUCCCACAGGGACCCUGUUUUCUCCACUUCCGUUUGCUUUGACCUCAUUUUUAUAACACCCCCCACACAUACACACACACACACUUACUUUCUCUCCACCACAGUCACCCAUUUCAUGAGGACCACUUAACCAGGAGAAGAACUGAGGUCAAGAGUGUUUUCAGAACUGUGGCACCGAUAAUGGGUCGAUCCCUAAAACUGAGGUCAACAGGUCAAAGCGAUCUUUGUUCAACUUUUUAUUUCUUAAUUCAGGACCAAAUAUUUGGUCCAACUCUAUUUGUCUUCAUGAUUAUUCAAAUUAGUUCUUCAGCAUGAGUAAUUAGUGUCACCAAGUCCUGCAGGUCAUCUGCCUGUUGGUCUUAGUAUCAGUCCAGCGGUUUAUGCUUGGUCUUAGUAUCGUAGUGGUCUACACUUCUCUCUGGAGCAGAAUCCAUCACUCAUGGAAAAGGACAACAAUUCAUUAAAUAAGGGCUACAUGGUGGAAGAGUGGUUGGUGCUGUUGCCUUACUAGAGUUAAAUGUCCAAUUUUAGUAGGAUUGUGUAAAAUAAUAGCCAUGAAAAAAUGAAAUGAAAUGAAAAAUGAAAUUAAUUAAACAAUUAAAGUUUACAACAUAAAUAAUAAAUAGAAACAAGCUACCUCACAUGAUUUAAUAACCUUUGAACUGUUGCAAAGCCUCUGUCCACUAAUAUGGCAGCCAUUGGUAUGAGUCAGUCACUUGUCUUUUAAAUGGCAGACAUCUUAGAAUGGCACCUGUUGAGGAACACGUCUCAGCCAAUCAGCAUUCAGUCCACAAAAAAGCAGGAAAUGGGGAAAUAUGGCUACUGAGGACAAACGGCUAAGCAUGUUAGCUUUAAACUGCUGAUCAUGGACUACAGAGCUUGAAUGUAAACAUGAAGCUUGCAGCUCGAUUAUCGAAGACACGGGAGGUGAGGGACCUUUCUCACAGCUGCCUCUGUCCUCCAGGGCCUCCAGGUCCUCCUGGACGAGCCGGCUUUCCGGGAGACAAAGGCAGUAUGGGAGUUCCUGGCAGAAUGGGCUUGAAAGGACAAGCAGGGGAGAAGGGAGCGCCAGGAGAACCAGGUCUGUCCAUCAUCGGGCCAAGAGGACCUCCUGGACAACCUGGAACAAGAGGGUUUCCAGGCUUUCCAGGUCCGAUUGGCUUGGACGGGAAACCUGGACAAAACGGACCGAAGGGAGACUUGGGUCAGCGCGGUCUUAAAGGACAGCCAGGUGAACCUGGACCUAAAGGAGAGAAGGGCGUAUGUGGUGAUUACACCCAUCGGGAAAAUUUUGUGCAGGACCUUCCUCUGAAAACCCUGGCGGCCUUACGCUCCACUCAUUCUCUGAUGUUAAAGCAGGGCGAGCCUGGAGCGCAAGGACCCCCUGGGCCUCCAGGUCCUCCAGGACCGUCAGGAAACCCAGGAUUAAGUGGAUCACCGGGUAAACCAGGUGAACCAGGGAAACCUGGAAAAGAUCCCAGGCUUUUACCCGGACUGAAGGGUGAGCCUGGAGUUCCAGGACAGAAGGGUGACCGAGGAGACGUUGGCCUGCCAGGUCCCCUGGGGUCAAAGGGAGACAAAGGAGACCAGGGCGUUGAGGGAGUUGAAGGAAAGAGAGGCUUCCCUGGAGAGAGAGGCCAGAAGGGUGACUCAGGUUUCCCAGGAGCUCCUGGGUUAAAGGGUCAGGCAGGUGUCUCUGGUACCCCUGGUAUCCCUGGAAUUCCUGGGAAGAGGGGCUACAGGGGUGAGAAGGGCGAGCCCAGCAGUACAGCCCAAGGCAUCAAGGGAGAACCAGGAUCACCAGGACUUCCUGGACCAGUAGGAGUCAAGGGUGAUAAGGGCGACCAGGGAGUGAAGGGGGAGGAAGGACCUGAAGGCCCAGCUGGUCCCAGAGGUCCACCAGGUCCAACUGGAGAACCAGGAAAAGCUGAAAUCCAGAAUGAAAAUGAUAUUCGCAACAUCCCCCUAAUGGGCCCUCCUGGAUUACCUGGACCUCCAGGACCUCCUGGAGGACCUGGAGUUAAGGGUGAAGUUGGUCUACCAGGUCCACCAGGACUGGACGGCGAGAAGGGACCCAGAGGGAAGUCUGGAGAGCCUGGUCCUGCAGGUCCUGCUGGUCCUCAAGGUCCCAGAGGGGAAGACGGCGUCAUGGGAUUUCCAGGACCCAAGGGAGACAUGGGUCCAGCUGGAUCACCUGGUUUAGAUGGCCCUACUGGUGAAAAGGGGGCCACAGGGGCCCCUGGUCCCAUUGGAUUACCUGGCUCAAUGGGUUCUAAAGGGGAACCUGGAGAAACAGCCAGGGCAGAAAUGAUCUAUGGUCCUCCAGGACCUCCAGGACCUCCAGGACCUGUUGGACCAGCAGGAUCACAAGGACUUUUAGGACCUAAGGGAGAACCGGGUAUUGGGAUAAAAGGAGAAAAGGGAGCGUCGGGGCAAAAGGGCGACAAAGGAGACCGAGGUCAUCUAGGACUUCCUGGGGCUCAUGGGUUAGACGGCAGACCGGGUCCAGUGGGUUUAAUAGGACCAGCAGGUGUUUCUGGACCAGCAGGACCAAAGGGAGAGAGAGGUGAAAAGGGAGACGGAGGAUUACCAGGACCAACUGGGCCUCAAGGAAUCCCUGGAUUAGUAGGACCACAAGGACUUAAAGGAAACCGGGGAGAGAGGGGCAAGAAAGGCAACAGGGGGGCCAAAGGGGAUAAGGGAGACCAAGGAGCACCCGGAUUAGAUGCCCCCUGUCCGUUGGGAGAUGAUGGCUUGCCUGUACCAGGAUGGUGGAAUAAAUGACAUUAACUUUGGAGUGACUGAAGUGAUUGUACAUAGGAUAUUUAUUUUUUUACUUUAUCCCUAUUCUGUUAAACAUAAAAAAUUAAAAUGUUUUUAAUAAAACUAAAAAAAAUACAGCAUUUUUUGUACAGCUUGUUUCAUGCAUAUUACAGUGUGUUUUGGUCCAUUUUAAUACCUAUGCAUUAUUUUAAUGGUUGUAGAAGUUGAAGGUUGUACUGUUGCUUUACAUUUGCAUGAUAUUUGUGCAUCAUGUGACCUGGAUGAUAAUAAUAGUAAUAAUAAUAAGGCUUGUUAUUAACUUAUUGCAUUAUGAAGUUUUAGACCAUGCUGCACUGAGCGGUGGAGCUGGAACCGAUUGUGUUUUUAGUCUUGGGGAUGUCUGAGUUGAACUCUCCUCCUCCUGAUGAAACAUACAGGGCAUUGAUGCUGGUUUUGAUUUGAGGUUAGUGUUAGCAGAGCUACAGGAAGCUCUUUAAAGUCCUCACUCUGAUCAGACAGUAUUAAACCAAUAAUCAUGCAGAUUUAUCAAUUAUCAGAUUCACAGCUGUCCUUAAAUGAGUGAUUGUUGCUUUGUUUAAUUUCAUUUUACAACAACAGAUGUUCUUAAUGAACUGGAUUAACCACCAAUCUGCAUUAAUUAUCAGGGCUAAUAAGUCUGCGGUGUUGAUCAGGGUCUUAGACUCUGCAGAUCGAACAGCCAGAAGGGGGCACACUAUCUCUCGCUGUUUUUUAACACUACAACCAAAGAAGGACAUGAAUUAGAGGUGUGCGUUUUCCCCACACAUGAUUCAGUUUAGAUCAUUUUGGAAUUUUGAUUCAAACACAGUCUUUGCCUCAUGUAUCUUACCCUAUCUUUAAUCUUGCAUUUAUGGACAGUCUUAAAUUUUGGUAUUGUGCUUUGAAAAGUUCAGUGUUUAUGAACAGAAAUUUGUUGUAGACAAUCAUAGUGUGGUGGAGGAGGGCGUCGACCAUGACCUCAGAACUUGUUAUAAACUUUAAAGUUGUACAGCAGGAAAACUAAAAGUAAAAAGUAAGUAAAAAAUAUAUAUUUUUUGUUAAAUAUGCGUUAUUUUCUUCAGUUUCAGUUUAUUUCACUG